AUGUCAAUGGUGGUGCACGCAGCCGUGGGCACGCAUGCCAACGAGACGAUCCACAACUGGGCGGGUGACCUCACCAGCACCCCCGCCAAGGUCGUCACCGUCAAGGACGUCGCGGACAUCGUCAACGCCGUUACGAACAGAAAAGCGUACCCCUCUCCCGUGCGGGCCCUGGGGUCCCACCACUCCAACACCAAGGUCCUCCUGGCCGACGGCGGCACGGUUCUGGAGAUGCGCGAAUUCGACAAGAUCUUGGGCCACGAUGACGUCAAGAUGACCCUGACGGCGCAGGCGGGGGCGCUGUACAUUGACACGUCGAUGUACCUGCAGGAGCGGGGUCUCAUGCAUUACGUGAACACCGAGUUCGGGAGCCUGUCGUCGGGCGCGGCGUCCAUGGUGCACACCAAGGAUGCCAGCUUCAGGGGGGAGCAUGGGCAGGUCAGCUCCUACGUGGUGGGGGUCAAGAUGGUCCAGGCCGACGGCAGCCUCGUGACCAUCACCGAGGACGACAACCCGGAGGAGAUGCACGCCCUGCGGAGCUCCUACGGCCUCCUGGGCAUCGUGUACGAGGUGACGUACAAAAUUCGCCCCCUCCAGCUCAUGCGCCUCAAGCACAAGAGCUACACCGUGGACCAGUUCCUGGCCAAUCUGGACGACAUCCGCGCGAGCGAGGACAGCAUCAUGAUCUACUACUUCCCCUACCGCGACAGGCUCACCGUGGAGUUCAGGUCGUACAUUAAGGACCCGGGCGCGGACCCCAGCAAGCCUAACAUGAAGCUCGCAAAGCACGGCACCACGUGGCAGUGGCGCCUGCGCAAUUUCUUCUGGACAACCGCGUAUCCCAGAUUUUCUGGAUUUCUGGCACACAAACUUCCGCUGCCAUACAAAGUGCGCUACUGGCUGGCGGCGAAAUUCAACUCCUUCGCCAUGUUAAGCAUGCUGCUGCUGAAGGGCAGCAGGACGCUGCCGGCCUUGCAAACGAACCUCUACACGGAGGACGUGCCCAAGUCCGCGCGAAUUACCUUCUCUCUGUUCUCCUUCGAGGUGGAGGAUUACCCGAAGAUCCUCCGCGAGUACUACGCCUUCGUCCAGGAAUACGCCAAGGCCAACAAGUGGCGCACGACACAGCCGCACGUUGGCUACCGCAUCUUCCAGGACAACAGCGCCAUACUGUCCCACGCCGCCCACGGCGAGUCCAUCAGCAUCGACCCCGCCACGGUGGCGGGCCAGCCCGAGUGGGAGCCCUUCCUGGAGGAGUACAACAAGUUCUGCUCCGAGCGGAACGGCACGCCUCUUCUCAACCAGACGCCCGUACUGAAGCCAGAACAGGCGCAGGCGGAAGGCGCGUAUGGGAAGGCGCUGCCGGCCUUCAGGGAGGCCAGGAAGGCGGCGGACCCGGAGGGGCGGUUCCUCACGCCGCACCUGCGCGACCUGCUGGAUCUGUGA